AUGUCGCUACCCCUGAGCGAGGACAAACCGUACAGACAGGCCUCGAACUCGUGCAAGCGCCUGUACGAGGAAAUGAUCGCAUGCUACCAGAAAUCGCCCUGCAUGCAAAGCGGCGAGUUCACCUUCGAGCAGUGUCGCCACAGUGAAGAUCCUCGGCAAGUGACGGCUCACUGCAUCACGCUGCGCAAGGCGUACGGACAGUGUCGCCGCAACUUGCUGAACCCUCAACUGAGAAUGCGGGGGAACAUGGUUGGCUCUUGA